AUGUCUGAUUUACUGGACGAUGACAUUACUAUGAGCGAGUACAUGGAGGAGUUGGAUGUCGAAUGGCCUUGCUCAGAACAUGGUCCCUCCGAACGAAGGCUUUCCUGGUUUUGGUAUACAGCAUCACAAUAA